UGGAUGUGCUGCAUUUGGAGAUAUUAAAGGUCACCUGGCACAACAACUACUGAAGAUGUCUAAAGUGUGCCUGAUUGUGAUUGACGGCUGGGGAAUCUCGGAAGAAACCAAAGGUAAUGCUAUCAAGAAUGCGGCCACCCCAGUCAUGGAUACACUCACUAACGUGAAGGAGCAGUACCUGACAGUCGAUGCUAGUGGUCUGGCCGUGGGUUUGCCUGAGGGGCUCAUGGGGAACAGUGAGGUCGGCCACUUCACCAUAGGGACUGGGAGGGUUGUGUAUCAGGAUAUAGUGGCCAUCAAUCGAGCUAUCACAGAGAACACUCUACAAGAUCGUCCUCAUCUGGUGGAAGCAUUCACGUCUGCAAAGAGCAAUGGUGGUCGGCUUCACUUCCUAGGCCUGGUUAGCGAUGGAGGGGUCCACAGUCACAUCACUCACCUGGAGGCUCUGCUCAAAGCUGCCAAGACAGCUGGAGUGCCACAGUCGUUUGUGCAUUUCUUUGCUGACGGGAGGGACACAGGUCCAACCAGUGGAGUGACAUAUGUGAGACAGGUGCUGGACUACAUGUCCACCCUACAGUACGGCUCCCUGGCCACUCUGGCUGGACGAUACUACGCCAUGGACAGGGACAAGAGGUACGAGAGGACCAAGCUUGCAUUUGAGGGAAUGACACAGGGUAUCGGGAAGGAUGUGUCUACUGACCAGCUCAUUACAGUAAUGGAAGAGCUCUAUGCCAAGGAGGGAAGUGAGAGACAGACGGAUGAAUUCAUGAAGCCAAUCAUUCUCAACAAGGAAGGACUCAUCAGAGACAACGACACGUUGAUCUUUAUUGAUUUCCGGUCUGACCGUAUGCGACAAAUAGUGGAGGCUUUUGGACUGAAGCCUCAGUUUGACACAGCUGUAAUCCCGAGUGGCUUGAAGAUCUACACCAUGACAGAGUACAAGAAAGAAUUCCCGUUUGUCACUUUGUUCCCUCCCGAGAUCCCCACCAACACACUAGCAGAGUGGCUGGCUAAGAAAGGAGUACCACAGUUUCACUGUGCAGAGACUGAGAAGUAUGCUCAUGUGACGUUCUUCUUCAAUGGUGGUCGUGAGGAGGCCUUUAGUCAGGAGGAGAGGCUCAUGGUCCCCUCACCCAAGGUGCCCACUUACGACCUCCAGCCAGAGAUGAACGCUGAGGGAGUGGCCAGGGAAAUGGUGAAGGCUAUAAAGAGUGACAAGUACCCGUUUGUGAUGUGUAACUUUGCUCCCCCUGACAUGGUGGGUCACACUGGAGUGUACGAGGCUGCAAUGGUCGCCUGUUCUGCUACAGACAAGGCUAUUGGUGAUAUCCAGGUGGCUUGUGAGGAGGCUGGCUUUGUGAUGCUCGUAACUUCAGAUCACGGCAAUGCUGAGAGGAUGAUCGAUGAGCAGGGGAAACCAGUCACUAAGCAUACCACAUUCAGAGUGCCGUUUAUGAUGCACAGCACCAGUGGACAUUGUUACCGGCCCUUGUCACAUGACCCAGGGCUCUCAGACGUGGCUCCCACAGUACUGGACCUGAUGGGACUGGACAUACCCAAAGAAAUGACUGGACAAUCGUUAUUGCUGAAAUCAUAGAUGGCAGAACUGAUCAUGUGAAUACAGAAAUAGAACUUUAGGACACCCGUCUGUUAGAUGAAGCACUAUGUGUGUUAGCAAUUACACCCCCAUGUUUAUGUUUCAUGUUCGUCUCUUAGUUAUCAGCCUUUAUAUUAUUGUGAUGCUGUGUUUCCAGUGAUAUUGACCAAGUAUA